AUGCAACUGCACCACUUCCCUGCAUUUGAUCACACUCUCCACCAAAAAGGCAGCCACCAAGCCAAGAAAGAAUGCAAGCAGCACCAGCACACGAGGCAGGAAGAAGACGAUGCCAUCAGAUGUUGGGCAGCCCAUUGCUGGGACCUCGAGACACAUGUCUCCACCCACUCAGGAGGGUCCAAUGGUCCCAUCCCACCAAUCACUCAUGCCAUCCCCACUGCAAGCCUCAUAUUACACUCCUGCCGCUGCCAAUGGGACCUCCACUGCAAGCCCCACAUCAUCAUCAGGCUCCUUUUCUGCCUUCAUAUCCCAAUACAGGUCCUCGAGGAGCGCAUGUGGCACCCCCACCCCUUAUGCACCCUACUUACACAGUCACAUUCCCCCGCUCACAACCUCCUCUGGCAACACACCAACUCCACACCUCUGCCGUUAACCCCACGCAAGCCGAGCUACCAGCUGAACAAAACUUACGACACACUCGGAACGGAAAAGCGUGGUGAUGUCCCUCAGUCUCCCUCACCCUCCCUCACUCAACCAACUCCCUGCUCGACGAUGUUGCUCCAACGGUUCCCCGUGAGGUCUGGAAGUUCUAACAACAAGACAGGCAGUUCACAGGCCAGAGGGCCUGGAUUGACGAGCAGGCUGUUGUCGCCAGCCAUUGCCGGGGGACCCCGAGGGAGGAGUCUUUCUGCAUCUUUUCAACGACCUUCUGGUUCUGGUACACCUAGGCCAUCUGGAAGUAGGAAUAGCAGUAUCCAGCGAGAGCGCUCACCUCUGGGAACAAUCCCAUCAGUUCAACCAGGGAGUGGUCACUCAGCCUCUCACACUGUCGUUGAUGGGCUUAGCGGUAGCAGUAGGGUCGUUUUGCAGACUCCAUCUGAAGCGUCUCUUGAUGAGAAUAUCACAAUUGGUGUGCACCACCGGAGAACAGACUCUGAUGAUGGCUUUGACAUGACUCAGUUGCUAUCACCCUCACAGGCGAAAAAGCUCAAGAUGUAUGCGAACCAAGUCGCUGAGGAGACUGGAUGCCCACAGGAGGUUCUACACAAAUUCAUUGAUGUCAGUGUUUCGAGAUUACGACUGCGCACUUUUGUUGACAACAUUUAG